AUGCCGGGAUACGAAUCGGCUGCGUUCCGGAGUGCAGCAGACUGGGACUACUUUAAAGCAUUCAUCACCAUGUCCACUCAGCAAGGGACACUCCCCGUGGUUGAGCUGAUUGAGCUCACUCCCCAGGUCUCCCGGCAUCAUUCUGCCUUGCGGGACAUAUGCUGUAGCAUUGGUGCAAUAUCCACCUCCUACCAGGUUCUUGAUGGAGCCGAGUUCUUCGAGGCAACUCAAUACCGGAAAUCAUUGAUGUACUACCAUUCGGCCAUCAAAACUCUUCAGUCGAUCAAGAUUACGGGAAGAGAGAGUAUGAAGUGGAUCAUUCUCGCCUCCUUGCUCUUCCUCACAUACGAGUUAAUGCAUGGUGACUUGGAGGCCGCGUUCACCCAUUUCAAUCAUGCUCAUCACAUGCUAGAGCAGUACUUCGCACGGAAAUGCAAAGAAACUGGACUGCCAUUCUCUGAGCUCCCGCUUGACAGGUUUGAGACGGCAUUGUGCGAUGUUCUACAGCGUCUCAUCACUUACCCAUGGUCCUUCGACAUGUCCUCCACUUCCAAACCCAGGCUCGAUCCAGCCGUGACAUUUUGCUGCCGUGGCCGCAAGCACAGGUAUCGGGUGGACGACAUGCCCAAGGAGUUUGAUACGGUUCUUCUGGCAUCAAGGUGGUGGGAUACUACUCAACACUUCAUCCGGCAUCAUAUCCAUGGGCGGGGAAAUGGAAACGGUGGCAGAGACGGCAAGCUUCAUACUCCCUCCUCAGACAACUGGACCAAGUGUCUUGACACUGUGCUGAAAUGGCGCUCAAGUUUUCUCCCUUUACUCCGACGAGGACGAGAAGGCAAAGACACCGACUCUGCCCUGUAUCUACAGGUCACUACUCUGGAAAUCCUCUACAUGGAGAACGUAGCAUUUGUGCACAGUUGCCGGGAGAACGACACCGCUGUGCAGCCGUCCCUCAGCCCCCUUUACCUUGACCUCGUCAAACAGACACAAGUUCUUUGCAAAGGCAUCAAGCUUGAUGGGAUCGAGACCAGGACGCUAGAGUAUUCCUUGAUGCGGCCUCUCGCAUUUGUCGUGUACAAGUGCCGAAACAGCGAGGUUCUGGCGGAGAUAGAGGAGACACUCAAAUACGUCAACAACGACUCGGGGGCUGUCGUGGCACUGAGAGCUUUGCUGAGCACGACGCAGAAUAGAGAAUUCCGUCUGAGGGCUGUUGAGCGAUCGUGGGCGUGGUAUUUUACUUGUGUAGGGUGUGGUUCAGGCAAUCUUGACAUGCUUCGUUAUUAG